AUGGCUUUCCCAGCUGAGGUGGGUAUAGGUGCAUCAUCUAUGAACUUUAAGCUGAAUUUAGUACUGUUGUAGAAUUUGAAUUUAUACUGGACUUUUAUGGAGAACAAUCUUUUCAUUUCCAGUUACAUUUGGUGCAUUUCAAUACAAAAUAUUCCUGCGUUCUUGAAGGCAAGAAGCAUCCUGAUGGUCUGGCAGUUCUUAGCGUGCUUCUUAAGGUAGGAAGUUUAUAUUCAGUCAAUCUAAUUAACAUAAUAUACGACAUUACAAGAAAGACUCAACCAGUCUGUGUCCAAGGUUGUAUAAGCUUUGUCUCAAGUUCGAUGCUUUAAUAUUAAAUUCCGAUAAUUUUUACUGUUUAAAUUACUUUGUAAUUAUUUCGAUUAAAUAAAUUCUCUUCACAGCAAGGAUACAACAACAACAAUUACAAUUUUCUAAAUCUCGCGGCACAAGUCACCAACCCAGGAGGUAUGUACAACAAACAAACAAACGAACAAACAGUAACAAGUCAAAAACACUAAUAAACAAACAACAAACAUACAAUAUUUUAUCGCCAUGCAAACAUACAAAGAACUUAUAACAAACAUACAAACAACAAGCUACAAACAAACAAACAAACAAACAAACAAACAAACAAACAAACAAACAAACAAACAAACAAACAAACAAACAAACAACAUGCCAUCAAAAUAUUUCUGACAAUCCAACCUCUUGUUAGGGACCCCACUUUAAUACACAGACAGGUCUAAAAAUGUAUACAAAUUUGCGUUGGAAUACUUCAUCUACAAAAAGUAAUCUACUAUUAGUAAAACAGACACUAUGUUCCAACAAUACAUAAUUCUCAUCAUUAGAACAUUAAUAAAACUGAUACCUUUCUAAUUUGAACACUGCUAUGUCCCUUCAUUCUUUGCAUUCCUCGUUUGCACUUGACGUCAUGGUGGCUAUGUUGGAGGAACGCUAUCAAAAGAAUAUCAUUAGCAGCUGUUGUCUUAUAAAUCUCAAAAGAUUGAUCGCAAACCAUCAAUCAUGAUCAUGACAUUUCUUUUCAUUUAGACACAUCAGACAUUGCUGGCUUCUCAUUAGCGGGUUUACUCCCCAAUGAUAAAUCAUUCUAUCGCUACCAAGGAUCAUUGACCACCCCUGGAUGUGAAGAAGUGGUCACAUGGACUGUAUUUGCCAACACUGUUGAAAUCUCUGAAGCACAGGUAACCAUGCACAUUAUAUCGUGUGAAACUGUUAAUUGA